AUUUAAAAUCGACGAUUGAAAGUGGUUGCGUAGGCGAAGUUGGACAUGAAGUGGUGUGCGUCGACUUGGACACGGGCGUGGUCGUGCAGGGCGAGUUGCCCGUGGAUUUGCCGUCUCCAGUGUGGAAGACGUUGCAUGCGACGUUGCGGCAAUGCGUCAAGCUGCACGUAACCAAGAGCGACCACGUGUUUAGCCACUCGUUUGAGCGGCAGCCGCGCGAGUUUCCCCAGCGUCGCGUCCGUCUGGCCUUUCACGACGCCGUCCUUGCGGUCAUUGGAAGUGAGGACGUUGCAACCAGCAAGGGGGGCGUAGAAGACGUCCACUUCGGUCGGUUUCGCUACUUGUGGGACGACCAGUACCAGGACAAGAUGGUAUUUUUCGACGAAGCAGGGUACUUGGCGUCGUCGCCCGUGGUCAUGCGGCCGUUCCGAACGUGUUUGAUUGCCACACAGGCAUUUUCCGAGUACAUCGUCGACCACAACGGGUUCACGGACGACGAAGCUUCCAACUAGGACAUAAGUCCUGAUAUUGCGUCACAAUUAGGAUCUAUAUCCUGAUACCGCGUCAUAACUAUCCUAUUUAAGACCACCGUCGCAUUGUUC